GUGCGCCUUGCAGCAGCGCCUGCCCUCUGCCGCCACCGCCUUUCUCUCCCCUCCUCCUUCGCUGGACUCGCAGGCCCAGGGGGACUGCCGCGGAGGGAGGCUGAGCGGCUGCACUGUGGGCAUGCCCGCUCCUCUCCCUUCCCCCUUCCCUUAGCAGCAACGUCACCGCAGCACCAGCGGCCGCGGCAGCCGCCUGGAGACUGGGGCUGGGAUUGCGCAGCCUCCCUGCAUUAGCAGCAAUGCCAUUGUAUUAGCAGAAAUCAGAUCUUAGGAAAUCGGCCCCGGCCCCCCCCGCCCCCCAACCUGUGUGGGCCGUGGAACAGUGCCUCAGCGGGAACUGUCAAGGCCAACAGCAAGAGGAGCGGAGGCCUCCGGGGGCCAGCUGAAGGCCGCUUGCUGAGGUGCCAAGAUCUCCUGAUGCAAUGUGUUCUGCCCCACUGGGCUCUGGGGGCAGUGUCUGGUGCCGUUGAUGCCCUUGUUCGAACUUUCCAGAAUGGAUAGUCCCCCAAAGCUGACGGGAGAGACCCUCAUCGUCCACCAUAUCCCCCUGGUGCACUGUCAAGUCCCAGACAGACAGUGCUGUGGAGGGGCAAGUGGCAGCAGUGGGAGCACAAGACCCAAUCCUUUCUGCCCACCCAAACUGGGCCUCACCCAGCCUGACCAAGACCUGGGACAAGCUGACUCCCUGCUCUACAGCAGUCUGCAUUCUGCUCCAGGGGGAUCCGCCCAGUCUACAGACAGCACCAAGAGUCGGAGUCGGGAUGGAAGAGGUUCUGGGGCCCCCAAACGGCACAAUCCCUUCUUGCUGCAGGAAGGUGUGGGGGAGCCAGGACUCGGUGACCUGUAUGAUGACAGCAUCAGUGACAGCACCACCCAGCAGUCCUUCCACCUGCACAGCACUAGCCAGCCCACCUUCCAUCUAGCCUCUUUCCAGCUGCCACCAUCUGGCCCCAGAGUGGGGAGGUCCUGGGGGGCAGCGCGCAGUCGGGCUGGUGUGGUGGAGGGCCAGGAACAGGAGCCAGCAGCGACCUCGGGCACCCAGCAGUGCAGCAGCAGCCACCGCUGCCGGCCAGAGCUGGAAGCAGAGACCAUGGAGCUGGAUGAGUGUGGGGGACCUGGUGGCAGUGGCAGUGCAGGGGCAGCCAGUGACACCUCGGGCUUCUCCUUUGACCAGGAGUGGAAGCUCAGCUCAGAUGAGUCUCCAAGGAACCCCAGCUGCCCGGGCCCAGGAGCCCAGCACUGCCGCUGCAGUAGCACGUCCAGUCAGUCUGAGGCAGCCGACCAGUCCAUGGGCUAUGUGAGCGACUCCUCCUGUAACAGCUCGGAUGGUGUGCUGGUCACCUUCAGCACUCUCUAUAAUAAGAUGCAUGGCAGUGCCCGCGCCAACCUCAACUCAGCUCCCCAGUCCUGCAGCGACUCCUCCUUCUGCAGCCACUCCGACCCUGGCGCUUUCUAUCUGGACCUGCAGCCCUCCCCUGCUGAGUCCAAGAUGUCCUGCGAGUCCCACCACCCUGAAAGCGGAGGAAGGGAAGGGGGCUACGGUUGUCCUCAUGCCUCAUCUCCUGAGCUGGAUGCCAACUGCAACUCCUACCGUCCGCACUGUGAGCCCUGCCCGGCUGUGGCUGACCUCACUGCCUGCUUCCAGAGUCAGGCCCGUCUUGUUGUGGCCACGCAGAAUUACUACAAACUUGUCACCUGUGACCUGUCCUCCCAGUCAUCCCCAAGCCCAGCCGGCUCUUCCAUCACCAGCUGCUCCGAGGAACACACCAAGAUAAGUCCCCCACCAGGCCCUGUGCCAGAGCCAGGCCCUGGCCAACCUUCAGAGUACUACCUGUUCCAGAAACCUGAAGUGCAGCCAGAGGAACCAGAGGCAGUGGGUUCCUCAGCAGACACAGCAGCUGCCACGAGUCCCACUGUGCUUGAGGGACAAGUGUACACGAACACAUCACCCCCUAACCUCAGCACCGGACGGCAGCGCUCCCGCAGCUAUGACCGCAGCCUGGAGCGCAGCCCUGCUGUCCGCCUGGGCUCCCUAGAACGCAUGCUCAGCUGCCCAGUCCGCUUGAGUGAGGGCCCUGCAGCCCUGGCCGGGCCUAGCUCCCCACCCAAGAGGGUCACUUCUUUCGCUGAACUGGCCAAAGGCCGGAAGAAGGCUGCUUGCUCUGGCUCUCCCCCGCUUCGCCUGAGUGUUGGGGAUUCCUCCCAGGAGUUCUCACCCAUCCAGGAAGCCCAGCAAGACAGGGCAGUGCCACUGGAAAAGGGCACUCCUCACUGUAGCCACAGUCUACCGCCUAUGCCCCUGGUACCAGCGAUAGACCUACUUGGUCCAGAACCCUGGUCCACCCAGAUCUGCCAGGGCCCCCAAGCCAGUCUGAUGCCACAUGUUGGCUUCAGAGCUGCUGAGCAAGGUGCCCUGGCUCCACCGAUGGAUCCAGUGCCUGCCGUGCCAGGGAACACAGCCAACAGCCACAGCCAGAGAGAUGCAAGAGCUAGAGCCGAUGGGGGUGGUGCUGAGAGCCGACCAGUCCUUCGCUACAGCAAGGAGCAGAGGCCAACCACACUGCCCAUCCAGCCCUUCGUGUUCCAGCACCACUUCCCCAAGCAGCUGGCCAAGACCCGGGCCCUGCACAGCCUCUCCCAGCUCUACAGCCUCUCAGGCUGCAACCGUGCCCAGCAGCCUGUCCCACCAGCUGGCCCUGCUGCUCAGGGCCCAGCCCCCGCUCCCCUCAGGGAGCCCCAGGCAUCUACACCCCGAACCAGUGGCCGAGGUGCCAGGAAAGCUGGGCCUGAGCCAGAGACCUCCCGGCCAUCACCCCUGGGCAGCUACUCCCCUGUCCGGAGUGCUGGCCCCUUUGGGCCCAGCACUGACUCCUCUGCCUCCACUUCGUGCUCCCCGCCUCCAGAGCAGGCCACAGCCCCAGAAAGCCUAGCCCCAUGGAGCCACCCCUGCCCUGCUGCCCAUGCCGCCCCCUCCCAGCUGCCACAGAAGGAGGAUCCAAAGACACUGACCUUGGCUGAGUACCGACUCCAUGGAACGGGAAGCUUGCCACCUCUGGGCUCCUGGAGAUCUGGCUUUAGCCGUGCAGAGAGCCUGGCCCGCGGAGGCGGUGAGGGCGGCAUGGCCUCCAGACCCAGUAACGCCAACCACCUCUCCCCUCAAGCCCUCAAGUGGCGGGAAUACAGGAGGAAGAACCCGCUAGGGCCACCUGCUCUAUCAGGGAGCCUAGACCGAAGGCCACAGGAAGCUCGGCUGGCCCGCAGGAACCCCAUCUUUGAGUUCCCUGGAUCUUUGGCAGCUGCAGGCCAUCUUGGCUGCCGGCUAAAUGGUCAGGUACUAAAGCCAUUACCACUGACCUGCCCUGACUUCCAAGACCCUUUUUCCUUGACAGAGAAGCCCCCAGCAGAGUUUUGUCUGUCACCAGAUGGCAACUCAGAGGCCAUUUCCAUUGACCUACUUCAGAAAAAAGGACUGAUAAAAGCUGUGAACACGGCUGUAGACCUUAUUGUGGCCCAUUUUGGCACAAGCCGGGAUCCUGGGGUAAAGGCAAAGCUGGGCAACAGUUCCGUGAGCCCCAAUGUUGGCCACCUGGUGCUGAAGUACUUAUGCCCCGCUGUGCGGGCUGUGCUGGAGGACGGGCUCAAGUCCUUUGUGCUCGACGUCAUCAUUGGCCAGCGCAAGAACAUGCCCUGGAGUGUGGUGGAGGCUUCCACCCAGCUAGGUCCAUCCACCAAGGUUCUGCACGGCCUCUACAACAAGGUCAGCCAGUUCCCAGAACUCACCAGUCACACCAUGCGCUUCGACGCUUUCAUCCUUGGCCUGCUCAACAUUCGGUCCCUGGAGUUCUGGUUUAAUCACCUCUAUAACCACGAAGACAUCAUCCAGACCCACUACCAGCCCUGGGGCUUCCUGAGUGCAGCUCACACCGUGUGCCCUGGGCUGUUCGAGGAGCUGCUGCUGCUGCUGCAACCCUUGGCCCUGCUGCCCUUCAGCCUGGACCUGCUCUUUCAGCACCGGCUGCUGCAGAGUGGGCAGCAGCAGCGGCAGCACAAGGAGCUGCUGCGGGAGUCCCAAGACCUGCUGCUGUCCGCCCACUCAACGUUGCAGCUGGCCCGGGAGCGGGGCCAGGAGGGCUCUGGAGACAUGGACCGAGCAGCGCCUGGGGAGCGAAUGAAGGGUGUGGGGGCCCCAGAAGGUGGAGAAGAGGAAGAGGAAGCAGAAGAGGUGGCAGAGGCAGCCAGGGGCUCUGGGCACAGCAAAUGGGCCCGAAGUGGGCAAGCUGGCUGGUGGUACCAGCUCAUGCAGAGUUCCCAAGUCUACAUUGAUGGCUCCAUGGAAGGUUCUAGGUUCCCUCGUAGUAGCAGCAGUAGUAGCAGUGACAAAAAGAAAGCAGGGGGAGCCGGGGGGCAUCCCCAGGUUCCACCUCCCCGGGAGGGAGUGGUAGAGGGAGCCGAGGCCUGCCCUGCCCCCGAAGAAGCCCUUGGCCGGGAGAGGGGCUGGCCAUUCUGGAUGGGGAGCCCCCCUGACUCUGUGCUGGCUGAACUGAGGCGCAGUCGAGAGAGGGAGGGGCCUGCUGCCCCGCCAGCAGAAAGUGAGGGAGCGGCCGCAGAGCCUUCCCCAGGCGGCAUCAAGUGGGGACAUCUGUUUGGUUCCCGAAAAGCCCAGCGAGAGGCCCGGCCCACAGCCAGGCUGCCUUCAGACUGGCUGAGCCUGGACAAGUCCAUGUUCCAGCUGGUGGCCCAGACAGUGGGUGUCCGACGGGAGCCAGAAACCAAGGAGAGCCCGCAGGAGCCACGCUCUCCAGGACUGCCUGCUAAGCCGCCAUGCGAGGUGCAGGCACUGUGCCACCAUCUGGCCACAGGCCCUGGACAGCUGAGCUUCCACAAGGGUGAUAUCCUACGGGUGCUGGGGCCAGCCGGCAGAGACUGGCUGCGCUGCAGCCGUGGUCCUGACACUGGCCUAGUUCCCCUGGCCUACGUGAUGUUGACCCCAACUCCAAGUCCAACCCCUGGAAACAGCCAAAACUGAGGCCCUGUGCAUGCUGCUGGCCUCAGGGACCCUCACCACCCCCCGGCUCCGAGCCCCAGAGCCCCUCACAAGUCCUUGGGCUUGGCUGCAGAGCAGACCGAGAGCUGGGGGCCACCUCGCCCUGUGCUGGCACCUGCUCCCCACGCUCAGUAUUACUUACUCCCCUGUGACUGUCCCAGUGACCUCAUUCCAGACCUCCCUCCAGGAAAGGAGGCGGGAAGGGACGCAACCCUGGGCUGCCAGGCUGAACCUGGCCCGGCUGGGCCCAGCCUUCCUUCUACGUAGACAAGCAGGUCCUUCUGUGGGAAGGUGGCCUGCAGGGCCACUGGCAGGGUUCUCCAGGCCAGGCAAUGAUGUGGAUGAUGAACAGUAUUGGGGCCAGACCCUUGGCACCCCCAGCUGUAAAUAGUCUGUAGCUGGCACGCCUGAUGGGCAGAAGAGGGAAGAGCAGCCCAGGCUUCUGUUUAUGUAUUUAUUUAUUUAUUUAUUACACCUAUUAAUAAAAAAGGUGCUCAGCCUC